AAAUAAAAAAAAAUCAGGAAUCAAUCUGGGAUUGUGUCACUUCAGCUGCACAUCAUAGAACGCUUCCAGGACCAGCGAAAGGUAGAGAUGAUUGACGAAUUAAUUAAGAAAACGAGAAAACAAGGAAAAAUUAGGGAAAAAUUCUGGAAUGGGUGCACUUUGAUGAUUUCUCUCGUUCACCUUGACGUGUGUGGCUUCACGCGCAAAUGACAUUCGCCGGUAACCCCCCAGAUCAGAGAAAAUUGAGAGGAUUCAUGUGGUUUAUGAUCUCUAUCGCGUGACAUUCGGUGACAUGCACAAAGUGCAGCGUGCUCUACUCUCCUCCUCAAAUCUUGAAACAUUUCCCAAAUGGUCGUACAGAACACAAGGAGUGCAUGUUCGGUUCGCCCCGAGCCCAACAGGUUACCUGCAUCUCGGAGGCCUCCGUACAGCUCUGUGCAACAUCGUGCAACUAUUCAUUGGCUCGAGGAAACCGAGGAAAUUUUAUCCGACCCUUAGAAGACACGUAUCAAACAGGACUCGUACCAGAUGCUGCCUGAGAGCAUUGGACAGUCCCUGAAGGCAACGCUGGCCCUGCACCCGCAUAGAAAAUACAAGACUAUCCUCGAUGCAUUGCCAUCAAUAGUCUAUACAAUAUCCUGUAGUUCAGUGAUUAAUACAUCCAAUUACUAAGUCUUCCAAGUGGAUAAUUAUGUAGAAAUGAAUGAUAAUGUGUACGUCUCGUAUCUUAGAGAAUAAGGAAUGAAUAACUGAAUGUUAAUUGAAAUGAAACUAUCGUCCAUACUCUUGUGACGCAUUAAUCAUUAGUAUAUAAAAAUGAAUUUAUAUUGUCCAUUGCAAAGUCUCAAUAUGUAUUCUUGACGAUUAAUUUAUUAAUAAAAGCUCAUUGUAACCAAUA